GCGUGCGCCCGGGGAGACCCGGAACAUGGCGCUCCGAGCAUUGUAGCAGCCGAGGAGGAGAAGGGGACGAGGCACCGCCGCUGCGCUGACAGCCAGCGACCAGAAAUACACUGUGGCGAAAUGCUUCCACCUCUUGCCAAAAUGAACACUGAGGAAAAAUGAAGAACAGUGAAGAACGCCAACGAAAAGUUACAGACCAGAAAUAGCCACACUCCUCUGGAGUCUGAUUCAUCCACAGCCAUCAUAAAAAAGGUUUUCCACCAUGUUUGGAAAGAAAAAGAAAAAGAUUGAAAUAUCUGGCCCAUCCAACUUUGAACACAGGGUUCAUACUGGGUUUGAUCCACAAGAACAGAAAUUUACCGGCCUUCCCCAGCAGUGGCACAGCCUGUUAGCAGACACGGCCAACAGGCCAAAGCCCAUGGUAGACCCUUCGUGCAUCACUCCCAUCCAGCUGGCUCCCAUGAAGACAAUCGUUAGAGGAAACAAACCCUGCAAGGAAACCUCCAUCAAUGGCCUGCUGGAGGAUUUCGACAACAUCUCCGUGACCCGCUCCAACUCCCUAAGGAAGGAAAGCCCGCCCACCCCAGACCAGGGAGCCUCCAGCCAUGGUCAAGGUCAUCGGGAAGAAAAUGGAUUCCUCACCUUCUCACAGUAUUCCAGCGAAUCUGAUACCACUGCUGACUAUGCGACGGAAAAGUACAAAGAAAAGAGUCUCUAUGGAGAUGAUUUGGACCCGUUUUAUAAAGGCAGCCUCUCGGCCAAGCAAAAUGGGCACGUAAUGAAAAUGCAACAUGGGGAAGCCUACUAUUCUGAGAUGAAGCCUUUGCAAUCCAACAGAGCCAGGUUUCCUGUUGAUUAUCACACACACUUGGACUCACUGAGCAAACACAGUGAGUACAGUGACCUCAAGUGGGGGUACCAGCGAGCCUCAAGCAGCUCCCCUCUGGAUUAUCCGUUCCAAUUCACGCCUUCUAGAACUGCAGGGACCAGCGGGUGCUCCAAGGAGAGCCUGGCGUACAGCGAAAGUGAGUGGGGACCCAGCCUGGAUGACUAUGACAGGAGGCCAAAGUCAUCAUACCUGAGUCAGACAAGCCCUCAGCCCACCAUGCGGCAGAGGUCACGGUCAGGCUCCGGGCUCCAGGAACCCAUGAUGCCCUUCGGAGCAAGUGCAUUUAAAACCCACCCCCAAGGACACUCCUACAGCUCCUACACCUACCCUCGCUUGUCCGAGCCCACAAUGUGCAUUCCAAAGGUGGAUUAUGAUCGAGCACAGGUGGUCCUCAGCCCUCCACUGUCAGGGUCCGACACCUACCCCAGGGGCCCUGCCAAACUACCUCAAAGUCAAAGCAAAUCAGGCUAUUCCUCAAGCAGCCACCAGUACCCAUCUGGAUACCACACAGCCACCCUGUACCACCACCCCUCCCUGCAGACCAGUUCACAGUACAUCUCCACAGCUUCUUACCUGAGCUCUCUCAGCAUCUCAUCUAGCACCUACCCCCCACCCAGCUGGGGCUCCUCCUCAGACCAGCAGCCCUCCAGGGUGUCCCACGAACAGUUCCGGGCAGCCCUGCAGCUGGUGGUCAGUCCAGGAGACCCCAGAGAAUAUUUGGACAACUUUAUCAAAAUCGGGGAAGGGUCAACCGGCAUUGUGUGCAUCGCCACCGAGAAACACACGGGGAAGCAAGUCGCCGUGAAGAAAAUGGACCUCCGAAAGCAACAGAGACGAGAGCUGCUUUUUAAUGAGGUUGUGAUAAUGCGGGAUUAUCACCAUGACAACGUGGUUGACAUGUACAACAGCUACCUUGUCAAUGAUGAGCUCUGGGUGGUCAUGGAAUUCCUAGAAGGUGGUGCCUUGACAGAUAUCGUUACUCAUACCAGAAUGAAUGAAGAACAAAUAGCUACCGUCUGUCUGUCGGUUCUGAGGGCUCUCUCCUACCUGCACAACCAAGGAGUGAUUCACAGGGACAUAAAGAGUGACUCCAUCCUGCUGACAAGUGAUGGCCGGAUAAAGUUGUCUGACUUUGGUUUCUGUGCUCAAGUUUCCAAAGAGGUGCCAAAGAGGAAAUCACUGGUUGGCACACCCUACUGGAUGGCACCUGAGGUGAUUUCUAGGCUGCCUUAUGGGACAGAGGUGGACAUCUGGUCUCUCGGGAUCAUGGUGAUAGAGAUGAUUGAUGGCGAGCCCCCCUACUUCAAUGAGCCUCCCCUCCAGGCCAUGCGGCGGAUCCGGGACAGUUUACCUCCAAGAGUGAAGGACCUGCACAAGGUUUCUUCAGUGCUCCGGGGAUUCCUAGACCUGAUGUUGGUGAGGGAACCCUCUCAAAGAGCCACAGCCCAGGAACUCCUCGGACAUCCAUUCUUGAAAUUGGCAGGUCCACCAUCUUGCAUUGUUCCCCUCAUGAGACAAUACAGGCAUCACUGA